AUACAUAUAUGCGUAUAUGUGUGGUGACGGAUAUUCGCUCGUCUACCUAGCUGUAUUAUUUGGGCCGAUUAGCAAAUCGCCACCGCCAACUGGCCACCGCAAAGUGUUUUAUUAACUGCUGAUAACAGCCGCAAGCGCAUUCACGAUGAUCUCGCGCUCAAGCAAAGCAACCAUCAGCAACACCAUUGCCAGUCAUAAUUCUUAUCUGACCAACCACAGCUAUACUCAUUUAAAACAUACCACAAGCAAGUUGCAGACCAUUUUGGCGCCGUACCGCGUGUUGAAGGAGAUGUUACGAUGUGGUGAAGCCGUUCAGCCUCCCCAUACUUGUUUGUUUUAUUUUCGAUCUUAUAUACGUUUACUUGGACUUUGGCCGGCAAAACGCGCUGCGGAGAACCAACUGUACUAUUUCUAUAAUCUACUGAUUAUGGUGCUUUUUAGCUUUUUUAUGGCAACAAUCAUUUGCGAUCUAUAUGAGGCUAGCAGUGACUUUGUUUUGUUGGGAGAGGAUUUGGUGGUGGUUUUGGGUCUUUAUUUGAUAUUUUUCAAAAUGAUACUCUUCCGCAUGGGAAAUGUUGACACCGAUAUCAUAAUUAAUGAAUUCGAUGCCCUUCAUAUUAAACAUGCUAGGGAAUUAAGUGAGGGUCCUCGAAACCGACGCAUCGUUCAGUGGCAAAGAAGCUUCUUUUUCGGUGAAAUGUGUUUCUUCUCUGGUUUUUACAUUCUCAGCCUAUUGCUUUUUGCAGCUAUGAGCCUACAACCGCUACUCUCACAACAAACACUUCCCUUUCGAUGUAAAUUUCCUUUUGGAUUAAAUGAUCCGGAUGAACAUCCAAUUGCUUUUGUCUGCGUUUACUUUUUUCAAUGUUUUUGUACACUAUACAUGUUGGUGGCCAUUGUAGUGAUGGAUUCGCUAGGUGGCAACUCCUUUAACCAGACAACAUUGAAUUUACGCAUAUUGUGCGAAAAUAUUCGACAUUUGGGAAUCGUCGCUGCUGGUGCUAGCAGCUCAACUUCCGAAGCAGUUGCGUGGAGGGAGUUACGAGAGGCGGUUGAAUUCCAUCAAAAAAUUAUUGGUUUAAUGAACCGAAUCAAUCAGACGUUUUAUUGGAACUAUGUUUCGCAAAUGGGCGCCAGCACUUUCAUGAUAUGCCUCACGGCCUUUGAAGCCCUGUUGGCGCAGGAUAAGCCAAUGGUCGCCAUGAAAUUUCAGACAUACAUGUUCUCCGCCUUUAUGCAACUAUUAUAUUGGUGCUGGAUGGGUAAUAGGACUUAUUACGAUUCCAUGGAAGUAGCUACUGCGGCCUAUGAGAUACGUGCAUGGUAUGAGCAUUCACCUCUUCUGCAGCGACAAUUAAUGUUCAUUAUUAAACGUGCUCAGAAACCUUUGGAGUUCCGUGCAAAGCCACUUUUUGGUUUCACAUUCGCGUCAUUUACUAGCAUCUUGAGCACAUCAUAUUCUUACUUUGCUUUGCUGCGCACUAUGAGUGAUUAAAAUAUAUGUUCUAAGUGCAAUUUAUAUGAAAUAAACAGUAUAAUAUAUGAGGUUGUAACAAAUGA